CGGUCGCGGAGCUGCAGCCGCUUCUGCUUGGCGCUGAACGGCCGCUUGCGGGGCAUGACGGGAGGGAGGGGCGGGGCCUCGGCGGGCCAAUGGGAAGGGAGAGAGGAAGGCACGUGAUGCGACAGGCCAAUGGGAGGGUGCGAAGGGUGGAGGGGUGGAAGCCAAUGGGAGAAGAGAGCACCUCAAGGGAGGCGGGACGAGGUGGGAAGAACCAAUAGAAGGGAAGAUCACCUCAGAGCUGAGGGCGGGAAGAACUUGAAGAAGCCAAUGGGAGGAGAGAGCACCUCAGAGGGAGGCGGGACGAGGUGGGAAGAACUAAUAGGAGGGAAGAUCACCUCAGAGCUGAGGGCGGGAAGAACUUGAAGGAGCCAAUGGGAGGGGAGAUCACCUCAGAGGGGGGCGGGAUGAGGCGGGAAGAACCAAUAGGAGGGAAGAUCACCUCAGAGCUGAGGGCGGGAAGAACUUGAAGGAGCCAAUGGGAGGAGAGAGCACCUCAGAGGGGGCAGGAUGAGGGCGGGAAGAACCAAUAGGAAGGGAGAUCACCUCAGAGCUGAGGGCCGGAUGAAUUUGACGGAGCCAAUGGGAGGAGAGAGCACCUCAGAGGGAGGCGGGACGAGGUGGGAAGAACCAAUAGAAGGGAAGAUCAUCUCAGAGCUGAAGAACUUGAAGGAGCCAAUGGGAGGGGAGAUCACCUCAGAGGGGGGCGGGAUGAGGCGGAAGAACCAAUAGGAAGGGAGAUCACCUCAGAGCUGAGGGCGGGAUGAAUUUGACGGAGCCAAUGGGAGGGGAGAUCACCUCAGAGGGGGCCGGCAGUCAGUGUGAAGAGGCUAUCGCAGGGAGAGCCAAUGGAAGGAAGGAUCGAAAGAUCACCUCUGAGAAGAACAGCACAAUGCGGCGCGGGGAUCUCCGGACGGCGGCGGCGGAUAUCGCGACAGAGGCGACGAUGUCGCGACAGAGCGGCGGAACGGAGGCGGCACCGCGCGCCGUCCUCGUGUUGCUGGGCGCCGUUCUGAGCGCUGCAGGUGGGGAGGUGGCACUGGGAGCCGAUACUGGGAGCACUGGGAGUCCUUACUGGGAGUACUGGGAUGGACUGGGAGCCGUUACUGGGAGCACUGGGAUGAACUGGGAUGGACUGGGAGCACUGGGAGGCUCUGGGAGCCGCUACUGGGAGCACUGGGAUGGACUAGGAACCGUUACUGGGAGAACUGGGAGCACUGGGAUGUACUGGGAUGUACUGGGAUAUGCUGGGAGUACUGGGAGCACUGGAAGCAGUUACUGGGAGCACUGGGAUGUACUGGGAUAUAUGGGGAUGUACUGGGAUGUACUGGGAGCACUCGAAGCCGUUACUGGGAGCACUGGGACGGACUGGGAGGGACUGGAAGCCGUUACUGGGAUGGACUGGAAUGAACUGGGAUGGACUGGGAGCCGUUACUGGGAGUACUGGGACUGA